CAGCACGGGAAUCAACAACUUCGCCGGCCUAUAUAUGCACCAGCGCCCUUGAGUCCGUGCGCCGAUGACUCUCCAUUGCUCCAUUCUCCUCGUUACGCACCCAGCCCACGAAGGUGACGGCAGCUCUCUAGCGAGUCUUCACACCGAGCAGCCAUGUCAAACGAAACGGUAGACAUUGAGGUCUCCAGUAAGACUCUACUGUUAGUGGGCCCUGUGCUCAUUGGCGGGUUGUUCAGCUGGGGGCUGUUCGGUGUACUUAUGCUCCAAGUGUAUAUGUACUAUCUGGCGUUCCCCGGAGAUAGCAACCUCGUUCAAUUUACAGUAUACGGAACUUUUGUGCUCGAGACGUUCCAGACCAUAGUCGUCACGAUACAGGCGUGGAACCUUCUCUGCGCCGGAUGGGGACAAGAACAAGCUCUGCUAUCGUUAGGAUGGGAGUACUCCCUCGUGCCUAUGGUCUCGGGCAUAGUCUCUUUUUGGGUGCAGAGCUUCUACGCUCGGAGGAUAUUUGUACUGAGUAACGGCGAUCGUAAAUGGCAGGUCAUCUCAAUAUUGGUUGUUCUUGUAGGCGCUACUCAAGGCUUGGCCGCCUUUGUCGGUGGAAUCCAGAUCUUCUUCAUUAGUACAGUUGAAGAAAUAUUCCACUUGUACACUACUGUUUGUGUUUGGCAGAGCGGGAGUGUCACCUGCGACACAUUGAUUGCUAUCAGCAUGGUGUACAGGUUACACGACGCCCGGAAGCACGCUUUCAAGUCGGAUAAUCAGUCGACGGAUAAGCUGUUGUCGAGACUCAUCGCACUGACUGUGGAGACUGGAUGCCUGACCGCAUUCGCCGCUGUGGCGAACCUCGUAUUCUUCCUCGCACUGGACACGACGAACCUCUACGCAAUGAUGGGAUCUAUCAUCUCCAAACUGUACACGAACUCGUUGAUGGCAUCCCUCAACUCACGAGCCACUAUCUUCCGGUCAAGCGAUCGUUCCAUGCGACAUCAUUCCUCCCCAGUCGGCACCGUCAAGUCUACGGCCUUCAACUUCACCACAGGAAAUCCUGCAAGUCGAAUGACCCCCGUCGUAAACCUUGCAUCAUACACGACGUCAGAUCGCGGGACACAGCAGCAUAUAGACAUAGACGAAGAGUAUGGCGUGAAGCCACCUAGCGAAUUUGGUGAUCCCGCGUUUGGAGAGAGUUCGGGAGAGCAUUCGAUUCCUAUGCACGAUCUCAGCAAGGUUUCUGCUUUGUGAUGUGCUUUGCGUUUCUUGUCUGUAUGUGGCUAUUAGGUUCUGUGGGGAUGAGCGGGAAUGAAAGGACAAAAGACGGUCGAAGUCUGGGAUCGUGUUGCAUGGGUUUUUUUGGGUGUCAUGGCUCUCAGUUGGGGGACGCGCCGCAUCCUUUAUUUUUAUCUUGUCUUGUUCGCUGUAUCUAUAGCCUUU